UUUGAUCAUUUUGUGUGGCAUUGCUUUGUGCGUUGUGGCUUCGUUUAUCGAGUAACGCCAAUCUCGUUGGGUUCUUCAACUUCUUCAACCUCCAACUUUCAACGUCAAAAUCUGAUUCACUGAGAAGAAAGCCACAAUAAAGUUGUUGUUUUUCUUGUUGGAUUAUAUUCACACGAAGACCAAACAUGCUGAGAUCGCUGCCAAAGCUCUCACCAUUGUUAUGCUCAGCCAGAACCACCAACAUUCCUUGUUUCCUUGCGAAUUCUCUCCGUUUCGUCUCUUCAGCCAAGACAAUUACAAGAACAAAAACUUCAACAGGUAGGAUUGCAAUGACGAUCCGUUCUCCAAUUCGACUUAUGUCUUCAUCUACAGUUUCAUCAAUAACUGCCGAAGAUCAUGUUCAACAGCCUAAGUUACUUAAAUCAACUGAUGAUGAUCAUGAUGGUGUUAUCGUGGAAAUGGAUCAACCUAUGGAUGCUGCAACAUUUGUACUAAUUCUCAGAUCCUCAAUCUCUCACUGGAAGCAAUUGGGCAAGAAGGGUGUAUGGAUAAAAUUGCCAAUUCAUUUAGCCAGUCUUGUUGAACCUCUAGUUAAGGAAGGUUUCUGGUACCACCAUGCAGAGCCAAAAUAUUUAAUGCUUGUAUAUUGGAUUCCUGAAACUGCAAAUACCAUUCCUGUCAAUGCCACACAUAGGGUGGGCAUUGGUGCAUUUGUCAUGAAUGAAAAACGAGAGGUCCUAGUUGUUCAAGAAAACAGUGGACAUUUUCGUGGAACUGGAGUCUGGAAAUUCCCUACUGGAGUUGUUGAUCAGGGAGAAGAUAUUUGUGUAGCAGCAGUAAGAGAGGUGAAAGAAGAAACAGGAGUUGACUCCGAAUUCGUUGAAGUAUUAGCAUUCAGACAAAGUCAUAAAUCAUUCUUUGACAAGUCAGAUCUAUUCUUUGUGUGCAUGAUGCGGCCCCUUUCUUCCGACAUCCAGAAGCAGAGAUUAGAGAUAGAGGCAUCACGGUGGAUGCCAUUUGAGGAGUACUCAGCUCAGCCAUUUGUCCAGAAGCACGAUCUUUUGAAGUACAUAAGCGAUGUAUGCUCGGCAAAGAUUGACGGGCGAUAUGCUGGAUAUAGUGCUGUAUCUACUUCAUCAAGCUUCUCUGAUCAGAAAUAUUAUUUGUAUUUGAAUGCUGGGGCCUUAAAGAGUUCUUUGUAAGCAUAGUUAAAAGACUACACAGUAUACGCAACUAGGAAGGAGAUUGAAGCUUAGUUACUUGAAUUUGUACCAUUUGAUUCAUUAUGGGAACAAAUAAUACAGAUCCUCAUCAGGCCAAUUACAAUUA